AUGGCCAUUGAGCUCCUCCGUCACGUGCCCACCACCAACUUCCUCAUUGUGGAAAAGAACAGCGGUCUUGGAGGUACAUGGUAUGAGAACCGGUAUCCUGGAUGCGCAUGCGAUAUCCGCAGCGCGCUGUAUAGUCUUUCGUUUGAACAGCGUGGGAAUUGGACACGGGACUACUCUACCCAGGAGGAAAUCCUGAAGUACCUUGAUGAGGUUUCGAGUAAAUGGAAUUUGCAACGUCAUAUUCGGUUUGAUUCGACCGUGCAUAAAGCACAGUGGGACAACCAUCAGUUGCUAUGGAGGGUUCGCGUUUCCACUGGUGAUCUGGAGAGUUCAAUGCAGUCGCAAUACCAGCUCACCACCGACAAACUUAUUUCCGCAGCUGGACAAUUGAACAUCCCUCGCUACCCUGACAUUCCAGGUCUCGGCAGCUUUGUCGGCAAGCAAAUGCACUCCGCCCGAUGGGAUAGCACCUACGAUGUUGCAGGCAAACGGAUCGCUGUGAUCGGGAAUGGUGCCUCUGCAUUUCAGGUAGUUCCGGAGCUGGCCAAGACCGCGUCACGGCUGAUGGUCUACCAAAGGUCACCCAAAUGGAUUAUCCCUCGCCAGGACCAAUCCAUUGGGCGCCUUGAUGAACUUCUGCUGAUUUGGGUUCCACCGUCCCUCCAUGCGUAUAUCACCAACCCGGACUACUCUCCAUCCCAGAUCGAGUGGAUUGUGCGGUGGAUGAAAUCUCAACUGCCUGAUAAACCAGACUUGUGGGACACACUGACCCCGCGAUAUCCGUUCGGGUGCAACCGCAUUUUUCCUCUCCGAUGGCCCAUUCAGCGGAUCACAGCCACGGGGAUUCAAGUGGAGACGGAAGAAGCCCAACCGUUCGAUCUGAUUGUACUGGCAACAGGGUCUCACACGGUCGGCUUCUUGUUUUCAAUGGACAUUUACGGGCUGGACGGCCGUCCAUUGCGGGAGUUGUGGAAGGCAGGCGCUCAGGCGUAUCGAGGGGUGGUAGCGGAAGAUCUCCCCAACUUCGGUUUCCUCUAUGGGCCGAACACAAAUCUCGGCCAUAACUCAGUCAUCCAUAUGAUUGAGGCUCAGUCACGCUAUCUCGGAAAACUGAUUACCGCGGUGGUUGAACCCCGGUUGCACGGGCAAACGUUGGCGUUGCGCAUCCGGCCCGAUGCGCUUCGGGCAUAUAACGAGCAACUCCAAAACCUCUUGAGUGAGACCUCCUGGGCGGAUGCGCGAUGUAGCAGCUGGUACAAGACUGAGGACGGACGGAAUGUGCACAACUGGCCGAAGAAUGUGGGGCAGUAUCAAGCGAAGCUGGCGCAGGUUCACUGGGACGAUUUCAUCGCGGAGGGAAGCGCAGCAACGAGUGUUCGCAAACUAGCCGACAGGGCUAGCGACCGAGUACGAUGGUGUUGGAUGAGCUUGGUCGCAAUAGGAUUGACAUUGGCGACAAUGAUCACGGGUGUCAGAAAUUGUAGUAUUCCUAGCUUCCUACUAGGUAGUGCUCUGGUUGAGAAAGUCUGA